CUUUCUCAUUUUCCAUUUUCCACAGCUUGGGAAAGGCGUAAAAGCGCUUCUCAACUUUUUUCUCUCUCAACCUCAGCUUGUCACUUCCAAUCUCUGGUCCAAGUCGGCGCUUCUCCGGUAUUGUUUCUCGCUGGAUUUUCCUUCCUCUAGAUCGUAUACGUAUAUGUGAGGUUAUAUAUGUGUGCGUGCGUGCGUGCUUUUGGUGUUUCUGAAUGGCGGUUGCUAAUGAGUUUGUGUGUUAGAUUUUAGCGGUGAAGCUGGAGUGGAAGAGUUUGAAUUGGAUUUGGAUUCGGAUUCGGAUUCUGCGUUCUUAGAGGGAGAGAGAGAGAGAGAGAGAGAGAGAGUGUGUGUGUGUGUGUGUGUUUCAGAGAGUUAAAGAGAAAGAGAGAAAGAGAGAGAGGAAGAGAAAUGGUCCAGAUGGAGGAAGAAGGAGGUGGUUUCAGAAAGAAGAUAACGAUUGGAGUCUGCGUGAUGGAAAAGAAGGUGUUCUCGGCACCGAUGGAACAGAUUCUAGAGAGGUUACAAGCAUUUGGUGAAUUUGAGACCAUAUAUUUUGGGGACAAGGUCAUCCUUGAAGAUCCAAUUGAGAGCUGGCCAAUAUGUGAUUGUUUAAUUGCCUUCUAUUCCACUGGCUAUCCCCUUGAAAAGGCCGAGGCAUAUGCUGCUUUAAGGAAACCUUUUCUAGUAAAUGAAUUAGAACAGCAACACCUUCUUCACGACCGGAGGAAGGUAUAUGAGCGUCUUAAAUUGUAUGGAAUCCCUGUUCCAAGAUAUGCUCUUGUAAAUAGAGAAGUACCAUAUCAAGAGCUGGAUUAUUUUGUUGAGGAAGAAGAUUUUGUUGAGGUUCAUGGUCAGCGUUUUUGGAAGCCAUUUGUGGAAAAGCCUAUUCAUGGGGAUGAUCAUAGUAUUAUGAUAUAUUACCCUAGUUCUGCUGGUGGAGGCAUGAAGGAAUUAUUUAGGAAGGUUGGUAAUCGGUCCAGUGAGUUUAAUCCAGAGGUCAGAAGAGUGAGGCGUGAAGGCUCCUAUAUAUAUGAGGAAUUUAAGCCCACCGGAGGAACAGAUGUCAAGGUGUAUACUGUUGGCCCUGAAUAUGCACAUGCUGAGGCAAGGAAGUCUCCUGUUGUUGAUGGCGUUGUUAUGAGAAAUCCCGAUGGCAAGGAAGUAAGGUAUCCUGUGUUACUGACACCUACUGAGAAGCAAAUGGCAAGAGAGGUUUGCAUUGCAUUUAGGCAAGGGGUAUGUUGUCAAGAUGUGGUUUGUGGGUUUGACCUCUUGCGUUCUGACGGAUGUUCAUAUGUUUGUGAUGUGAAUGGGUGGAGCUUUGUGAAAAACUCUCACAAGUAUUAUGAUGACGCAGCUUGUGUGUUGAGGAAGAUUUUUUUAGAUGCAAAAGCUCCUCAUCUCUCUUCAGCGAUUCCACCAACUUUACCAUGGAAACUCAAUGAACCAGUCCAGCCUUCUGAGGGAUUAACUCGUCAGGGAAGUGGGAUUAUUGGCACGUUUGGUCAGGCUGAGGAGCUACGUUGUGUGAUCGCCAUUAUUCGUCAUGGUGAUAGAACUCCCAAACAGAAGGUGAAGUUGAAAGUUACUGAGGAAAAGCUGUUAAAAUUAAUGUUAAAGUACAAUGGGGGGCGGCCUAGAUCUGAGACAAAACUUAAAAGUGCUGUCCAGUUGCAAGAUUUGUUGGAUGCAACACGAAUGCUUGUACCUCGUUCGAGACCAGGUCGAGAAAGUGAUAGUGAAACAGAAGACUUUGAACAUGCUGAAAAGCUUCGUCAAGUCAAAGCAGUGCUUGAGGAGGGGGGACAUUUUUCUGGUAUAUAUAGGAAGGUUCAACUAAAGCCUCUCAAGUGGGUUAAGAUUAUAAAAAGUAAUGGUGAAGAGGAGGAAGAGCGACCUGUUGAAGCUCUGAUGGUUCUUAAAUAUGGGGGUGUUCUUACACAUGCUGGCAGAAAGCAGGCUGAAGAUUUGGGUAGAUAUUUCCGGAAUAACAUGUAUCCAGGUGAAGGCACUGGCCUACUUCGCCUCCAUAGUACAUAUCGCCAUGAUCUCAAGAUUUACAGCUCUGAUGAGGGUCGUGUGCAGAUGUCUGCAGCUGCAUUUGCCAAAGGCCUCCUUGACCUUGAAGGGCAGCUAACACCCAUCCUGGUUUCGCUUGUUAGCAAGGACUCCUCUAUGUUGGAUGGACUUGAUAAUGCCAGUAUUGAGAUGGAAGAAGCCAAGGCUAGGUUGAACGAGAUAAUAACUUCAGGUGCAAAGACGGUCCAGAACAACGGAUCAUCUGAAGUUCCUUGGAUGGUUGAUGGAGCGGGACUGUCUUCUAAUGCAUCUGAACUUCUUCCAAAAUUGGUACAAUUGACUAAGAAGGUGACCGAACAAGUAAGACUACUAGCCAAGGAUGAGGACGAGAAACUUACAGAGGCAAGCUCAUAUGAUGUGAUUCUGCCUUAUGACCAAGGAAAGGCUCUUGGUAAAACAAACAUCGAUGUUGGUCGCAUUGCUGCUGGGUUACCCUGUGGUAGUGAGGGAUUCCUUUUAAUGUAUGCUCGCUGGAAAAAGCUUGAGAGAGACUUGUAUAACGAACGCAAAGAGCGGUUUGAUAUACCACAAAUUCCUGAUGUUUAUGACUCAUGCAAAUACGAUCUCUUGCACAAUGCACAUCUUAAUCUGGAAGGGUUGGAUGAACUCUUCAAAGUUGCUCAGUUACUUGCAGAUGGUGUCAUCCCAAAUGAGUAUGGAAUUAAUCCAAAGCAGAAGCUGAAGAUUGGAUCAAAGAUUGCUCGUCGUUUGUUGGGUAAAGUUUUGAUUGAUCUGAGGAAUACUCGUGAAGAAGCCCUCAGUGUUGCUGAAUUAAAGAGUAAUCAAGACCAACAUUCUAUAUCCAAGAAAGCUGAAAAGGAAGAUGCAGAUUAUCAAUCAAAGCUUUACGUUAAGAAUGAUGACUUGAGAAGAACUAGCCCCACAAGUGAUACAAUGGAUCAGGAUGAUGACGAUGAUAAAGAGACAAAAUAUCGUUUGGAUCCCAAGUAUGCAAAUGUCAAGACACCUGAACGUCAUGUGCGGACACGCCUUUACUUCACAUCAGAGUCUCAUAUCCAUUCCCUCAUGAAUGUUCUCCGUUACUGUAACCUGGAUUCUCCUGCCUUGUUUGCCAAGGAUAUACUUGUACUUAGGAUGUUUGAGAACACAGAGGUAGCCUUAGAAGACCCUAAAAAGUUCCGCGUAGAGAUGACCUUUAGUCGUGGUGCAGAUCUAUCCCCCUUGGAGAAAAAUGACAGUGAGGCUGCGUCAUUGCACCAGGAGCAUACACUACCAAUAAUGGGUCCAGAAAGGAUGCAAGAAGUGGGAUCAUAUCUCACAUUAGAGAAAAUGGAAAGAAUGAUUCGCCCUUUUGCCAUGCCAGCAGAAGAUUUCCCCCCACCAUCAACCCCAGCAGGAUUCUCUGGCUAUUUCGCAAAAAGUGCAGCUGUGCUUGAGCGCCUGGUAAACCUUUGGCCUUUCCAUAAGCAUGCAAAUUCUAGUGCAAAGUAACAAGCACUUACGCUUUAUUUAUGUUUCCCCACUCGCCUCAUUCUUUAGUUGUUUCAUAUGAUGCAUCCUGAUAUUUGAAGAACUUAGGCUGGUUGAACAGCUAGAGUGAGUUUCAAGCUCUUUUAGAGAAAAAUUCGCUAUUUCAACAACGAAGAAUGUUGUUGGAAGUAACCAUAUCGGCUGGAACUGACAGACUUAGCUUACAACCCUUUUUUUUUUUUUUUGGUGUAUUUUUGUCCCCAUUCUUCCGUUAGUGUGAAUAACAGUACUCCUUAGCGAAUGCCGUGCCCAAAGUCUAGAUUGUUAGUGUUAAAGUCCAUAAUAACCAUACGCUUGUUUGAUCAGAAAUUACUCUUGUUCUUAUUGUGUAAAAACUGAUGGGAUUAUUUUUGUUGGCUAACAAGAUUUCCGAGGCUCUUUGAACUCAAAGAAUCAGUUAAUGCCAAUGAUAAUAACUAAAAGCACAAGUCUGUUGAAUAAUUCAGUCAUUUCCAAGCUUCCA